AUGAACGAGUCCCUAGACUUUCUACGGGUCCAUUCGUUGGUUCAUAAGUUAUUUGCGCCAGAGUUCAAUGUCGAAGAUCGUAUAAAUUUUGCGCAGAUGGCGCUCCAGAUCAUGGAUCUGGCACAAGCACUUCAUCCGUUGUACCCCAAAAUUCUAGCGUUUUUGCAAGAGCACGAAGCUCUUACAAACGAUAUUUUGAUGCAGUAUGGUCCCCAGUGGGCAGCUGCAAUCAAAGAUCGUCAAAUCGCUGCGCAAUUGGAAGAGAAACUGGAGAAUUACUGUGGGACAGAAACAGACAAAUUAAGCGGAUUGAGACCGAAGUUCUGGCAACUGUAUGUCACAGGCGAAUCUUCAGGGCUCUUUCUGCAUAUCAAUCGGUUGGCAGCCUCGGAAAUGUUCCGCCUCCACUGUAAUGACCAUGAACAGGUGAUCCACAAUCGGUACUUCGAGUUCUUGUUCUACCACGUGGCGGCCAUCGUUUAUGGCGAGCUCUGGUUCCAGAAGUACUGUGUUCUGGAGGAGGAACUGCGCGUGGACAAGCUGGCGGCAGAGACAAGGAAUUGGCGGGCGCUUGAAAAGAAGGCAUGGAUGUACUACAACAACGUACACUUCUUGGUCAGCGCGCUCACGUACAAACGAGAGGAUGUUGUGGAAGCAUUUAAGGCUGAGUAUCGGUAUUUCUACUUGAUUCGAUGGCUUUGUGCCUUUGCAAGAUUCAAGGACAACAACUUUGUAGACUUCAUGAGUGAUUUCAAGGCUUUGAAGGACCACAUUGACUGUGUGUCGGAGCUACAUUUGUCCCAGGAGCUUGCAAUUAUGUACGAGAUUGCAUCGCUCGCUACUAAACCGUUUUGCGAGCUUGUCGCUGACGAGUGUGAGGUUACCAUGGAGCUCCAAUCGGGUUCGUCGGAUAUCGAAGUCGGUAUGUUCUCUGUAAUCAGCAAAUUGGCGGUUGCAGAUUUUGCAGGUGCCAAAAGAGACAUGAGUCUGGACCUCACAAGUCUUCUAGAUGCCAAUAUGGGCUACAUCUUCCCGAAAAAGCUGGCGGGGUCGUUCUGGAGAUAUUUGACAGUGGUCGUGGAUCUGAAAGUGUUUCUACUAAUAAUGUCGUGUGCUCUGGUCAUUUCUCGUGAUAAGCUCUUGGAUAAAUUAGGCUACAAGGAUGCAUCUAGUGAACAGAGAAUUGAUGUCACAGCUACUAUGGUACUUGUUUCAAGCGCGUUAGGCUUGGGACAAUCAAAUGUGACGUAUGAUCAAUCCACGAAAAUGUUCACUCGCAGACCAGUGACAGAUCUCCAGAAGAGACUCGUUCUCCAGGAAGAGAUUGAACACAUGGACCAUUCCAUUGAAGCCGAAGCGGUAGCCCAGUUGAUCAAAUCUCGCUUGAUCCAGAAUGUUUAA